AUGGCCAAAGGACGCAGUUGCUGUGGAUGGUUUUGGAGCCCACGGUUUCAUGGCGUGGUGGUGGGACUACUGGUGCUGGUCAAUGCCAUCUCCUCCAUUAUGGCUUCCGCUUACCUUCAGAUAAAGUUUGAAGACUUCCGGAAAGUUCCCGAUCAGUUGUCCUUAUACUACCGAUACGCGACGAUAGACAUGAUCUUUGUGGCGAUUGUACUGCUGGUAGUUAUUGCGUACUUCAUCGGAAUCAUUCGUGUUAAUGAGUACUACAUCAUCCCGUUCGGCAUUCUACUGCUGUUGGAUUUUAUGGGCUAUGUUGCAACGGAAAUGGCCACCACCCUCAACAGUGACAAGCCGGAAAUGUUUCAGGGUAGAACGGUGGGCACGGUGUUCGAAAUCGUCGUGUUUGGCUACAUGUUUCUGACAGUGUUCUGUCUCUUCCGGGAUCUGCAGCUAAGCCGACGCAUGCAGGAGGAACGUUUGCGCGGAUAUCGAAGCUUAAGCAGUAGCACCGAGCAUAUGGAAAUGUGAUGU